AUGGCACACAAUGUAGUAGAUUCGGCAUUGAAUAAGUUCAUCGCCGCGACUGACCGUAUAAGUCACUUUGCGGCGCGACUUAACAAGGCUUCUACUGACAGCGCGUCCCUGUACACGUGCCAAGUCCGGAGGGACCAGAUGCGUGCCUUGUGGGACAAGGUCGAGAAGGAGUACGAGGCUUGCUCCUGCGUCAUGUCGGAUGAAAUGACGACAGACGAGUUGCCUACCAUUCAGGCAAAAUAUGAUUACUGCUAUAUUCUCUAUGAGCAGUGGUCCGCUCAGCUAAGUGAGCAAAUAGCUGAUGCCUCCCAGGCACUCACUCCCCGUACACCCGUACAAACGCAAGCCGUGCCGUUCAUGUCCACAGGGUGUCGCCUACCUCCGUGCGACACCGAAGUUUUCGGAGGCGAUUACACUCGCUGGCCCACCUCCCGAGACUUAUUCACGGCUAUUUAUAUCCGAAAUCCAAGACUGUCGGAAGUUGAGAAACUUUUCCAUCUCAACUCCAAGACCAGCGGUGAAGCCCAUGCCAUUGUGACAAAGUCUCCUUUGACCAAUGAGGGGUUUCAGUCGGCGUGGUCCAGCUUGACUGAGCGUUUCGAGAACAAACGGUUGCUCGUGAACAGUCAGCUGCGAAUCCUUUUCAACUUGCCCGCCAUUGGGCAAGAGUCGGGUGCAGCCAUUCAGGAGUUGCAGAGCACCAUCCAAGGAGCGGUAUCGCACCCUAGAAGCGAUAGCGGAAGUGUCAGCCAGCACGAGCGCUCCGACGGUUCCACGGGCCUCACGCAAGGAGGCCCCGUCGCCAAGCAGGUCAACUCCUUUGAGAGUCGGAUGGGUAUCAACGAUAGGGUCAAUUAUAUAAAGCAACAGAAGCUGUGUCUCAAUUGUUUCGCACGAGGCCAUAUCCUGGCUGAGUGCACAAGUGCGCACAGCUGCUUUACUUGCAAGGGUCGUCAUCAUACACUCUUGCAUCGAGUGAACCCGGCACCGACAGUCACAACCCCGAUUGCAUCUCCAAUACAGUCCACUUCCACCCAGUCAGCUAACGUCCAGUCAUUCGUGGCAGUUAACACACAAGGUGUUCUGCUCAGCACAGCUGUCAUUCACGUAUGCCAUCUCGGCGUCCGCUAUACAGCUCGGGCUCUGAUUGACUCCGGAUCAGAAGCCACCUUCCUCUCAGAGAAGUUGUUCAAGCGCUUGAGGAUGCCGUAUACAUCCGUGCAAGCCCGCGUUUCUGGGCUGACGCAAGCUGUGGCAGCCCAGCCCCGAAAGUUUUGCCAAUUCUUAAUUGGCUCCCCGGUCAGACCCGAUUUGCAGAUCGAGGCGUCGGCGUACGUCCUCCCCCAGUUAGCGGGGAAUCUGCCCUCAUGUUCCGUCCCACAAACACUCCUCGAAAAUCUGCCCAGCAUCCAGCUGGCAGACCCCAAAUUCCAUGAGAGUUCGCAGAUUGAUGUGCUACUAGGCGCUGACAUCCUCCCGUCCAUUCUGCUCGGCGGCUCUCACCCUAACAUUUGUGGGACCCUCCUCGGUCAAGAGACCAUUUUCGGUUGGAUCCUGACUGGCCCUGUGUCGGGAUUCAUUUCAAAAUCCAUUUCGUCCUUUUCGGCUCGACUGUCCGUCGUGCGAACUCCGCCAUUGGAGGAACUCCUCUCCAAAUUUUGGGAGGUGGAGGACCUGCCGGCUAGCCCAGCAAAAGAAUCUGACCUUUUUUGUGAGGCUAACUUCAACGCCACGACCGUGCGAACCUCAACGGGUCGCUACAUGGUCACGCUCCCAUUCCGCGAUCCUGGUCACGUUGACCUGGGUCACUCGAGGGCUACCGCUCUCGCUCAGUUCCUGAGAAACGAGAGCCGUUUAAAGAGGAACGACUCUCUGAAGGAACAAUAUGACUCCGUUAUUCGAGAGUAUCUGGAUUUGGGUCACAUGACUCAAGUCCCCAUCCAGUUCCGGCAACUACUAUUUGCCGCAUCACGCUGUUCUCAAGCCCGACAGCACCACCACGAAGCUUCGCGUUGUAUUCAACGCCUCCAGCCCGACUUCAAACGGGAAGAGUCUGAAUGA